CCUCCAUCUCCCUCCUCUCCCCGGGCAUCUUCCUCUCUCUCCCCCUCUCCCUCCCAUUUCCAUAUCCCCCCAACUCCCACCCUGUGCCAGGAGCACCGGGAACCCCAUCUCCCCGGUCCCGCACCCCACCCCCCAACCCCAUCGCUUUCGGGCUCCCUGGCCUGGCCUGGAACUUCCCACCUCAGGACCGGGAAUCCUGCUCACAAAGCCGGGCUAGCUCGGCUGCGGCCAGGACACAUGUCUAGGACCCAGGGCUGAGCGGCUGUGCCUUCCUCACGUACUGCGCCAGGGACUCGGCCAUCAAAGCUCAGACAGCUUUGCACGAGCAGAAGACGCUGCCGGGGAUGGCGAGGCCGAUCCAGGUGAAACCAGCGGACAGCGAGAGUCGUGGAGGUAGGGACCGGAAGCUGUUCGUGGGCAUGCUCAACAAGCAGCAGUCCGAGGAAGACGUGCUCAGGCUCUUCCAGCCCUUCGGUGUCAUCGACGAGUGCACCGUGCUGCGGGGACCCGACGGCAGCAGCAAAGGCUGUGCCUUCGUGAAGUUUUCUUCACACACAGAGGCCCAGGCGGCCAUCCAUGCCUUGCACGGCAGCCAGACCAUGCCGGGAGCCUCGUCCAGCCUGGUGGUCAAGUUCGCCGACACGGAUAAAGAGCGGACCCUGCGGCGUAUGCAGCAGAUGGUCGGCCAGCUGGGCAUCCUGACGCCAUCCCUCACCCUCCCCUUCAGCCCCUACAGUGCCUACGCCCAGGCUCUCAUGCAGCAGCAGACAACAGUGCUGUCCACCUCCGGCAGCUACCUGAGCCCCGGCGUGGCCUUCCCUCCCUGCCACAUCCAGCAGAUCGGCGCCCUCAGCCUUAACGGCCUGCCCGCCGCGCCCAUCGCCCCCGCCUCUGGGCUACACUCGCCCCCACUGCUCGGCACUGCCGCUGUCCCUGGCCUGGUGGCGUCCAUCCCCAAUGGCUUCCCAGGCGUCCUGCCCUUCCCUGCCAGCCACCCCACCCUGGAGACCGUGUAUGCCAAUGGCCUUGUGCCCUACCCAGCUCAGAGCCCCACUGUGGCAGAGACCCUCCAUCCUGCCUUCUCUGGAGUCCAGCAGUACACAGCCAUGUACCCCACCGCGGCCAUCGCGCCCGUGGCACCCAGCGUCCCGCAGCCUCCGCACCUCCUGCAGCAGCAGCGCGAAGGUGAGGCGACCCCUGCCAGCCCCGCCCUCACCUGCACUGCUGACCUCGCCCCUCCGUGGAACGGCUUGCGGUUCCCACCCCCUAUGGACAAGCGAGGAAACCCCCUUUUUGGUCCCGAAGGCUGUAACCUGUUUAUCUACCACCUCCCCCAGGAGUUUGGAGACACGGAGCUGACCCAGAUGUUCCUCCCCUUCGGCAAUAUCAUCUCCUCCAAGGUGUUUAUGGAUCGGGCUACCAACCAGAGCAAGUGUUUCGGAUUCGUGAGCUUUGACCACCCGGCCAGCGCGCAGGCGGCCAUCCAGGCCAUGAACGGCUUUCAGAUUGGUAUGAAGAGGCUGAAGGUGCAGCUGAAGAGACCCAAAGACCCGGGACACCCAUACUGACCACGCCCACAGCCCCUCCGCGCUGUGGGUCUGGCCCCAGGUGAGCCGCCAGGCGGCCUGUGCCCUGCCCAGCCCUGGUGUCUUCUAACCCUCCCAUCCCAAGCUCACUCUCCAGGUCCUGGGGGCGGCGGUGACUCCCCAAGAGGCCAGCUGGGGACAAGCCCCUCCCCAUCACCUGGUGGUUUGGGUGGCACAGGGAGAGGGUGGGCCCCGGGUGGGGAAUGGAGAGACCUAGGGGCGCCCACCAAGGGGGCUUACCGGAGAAAGUUCUGAAGGAUGAAUAGUUGGCUCCCGUGAACUUGUGGCGGGGUUUGUGGUCUGGGGUGCAGGGUGUGAUGGGAUGGGCGGGGCUUCCGUCCCGUCCCGUGAAGCUGUUCCCGGAGCUGAGCCGCCCUAAAACCAGAGAGAGGUCUCGCAGCGCACACCUCAGACCUGGGUCCCGCAGCUGAAUGCCCAGUUAAGCUUUGCCCAGGACUGAAGCAGACUUCCGGUCCGCCCCCUCCGUCCCCACCAGCUCCCGUGGACCCCAAGAGUUCCGACGGGUGGGUUCACAAAACCCAGGGUGUGUGCCACUCACGGCCUGGGAGAACAAACAUCCAAAAGCCAAAUACCCCAAACAAACGCGCAAACAGAAAACCCAAAGUCAAAUUUCCCCGUCAGCAUUCUGAGCACUUUCUUUGGGACGGACCUGACUUUAAAAGGUGGAACCAACUGCAUAGUG